AUGUUGAUUGACAAUGAGAACAUUGAUAAAAUGAUAAAAGAUUUGACAUCGCAGCAAUUCGAUUAUUCUGGAUAUUAUUUAAUUCAUUUCUUAAACGGGAAUAACAAAAAGAAUUUGGAAUAUUUGUUCAAGACUUUCUUAAAAUUAUUUAUUUAUAAUGUAAAUGUUGUGACCUCUCAUAAUGAUCAAAAUAUUCAACUAUUAACAUUUUUGAUUUUCACUGAGAAAAGUUGCAACUCUUCGGAUCCAGUUAUUGUCAAUGAAUACAAGAACUUAAAAUGGAACAUUAAUUUGUUUUAUCCACCAAAGAUGAGAAAUUUACAUAACUGCACAAUGAAUGUUGCUGGUGCUAUUUACGAGCCUGCUAUUAUGGCACAAGGGGAUUAUGAAAAUGAUAACUACACACUCAUCGGGGUUGAUGUUGAAUUGAUUAAUGAAGUGGCUGAUGUUUUGAAUUUCUCUACUAAAUUUAUAUAUGAAUCUACACCAGGUGGAUGGGGCAAAAUAAACGAAGACGGGGAUGCUACUGGAUGUUUCCUACAACUUAUGAAACGUGAAGCUGAUUUGAUGAUUGGAUUUGUUGCAAGAACUGAAAUAGUUGUUGUGAUUCCGUCUGGUGCACCAUUCAAUGCAUUUGAGAAAUUAUUUCAACCGUUUCAAAGUGAAGUUUGGAUUGCAUUUGGUGCGACUUUUGUGUUGGGAAUUAUUUUGGUUACUCUUAUAACAUUGAAGAAGAAUAAAAUGUGGAAAAACAUAUUAAUUGGGGAAGAAAGCAAAACACCUGUCAUGGAUAUUAUUUCUACAAUUGUAGGGGGUUCAAUACGAGUUCUACCUCGCAGAACAACAGCGAGAAUUCUUCUCGUAGCGUUUUUGUUCUUUUGCUUAGUGAAGCGAUCACUUUACACAUCUGCACUUUAUAAGUUUCUUCAGUCUGACUCUCGUAAACCAGCAGUAACUUCAAUUCAGGAGAUGAUUGAUAAUGAUUUUAUUAUUUAUUACUAUCCAGCAUUCAAACAAAACUAUCAAGGAUCUAAAAUCUUCGUAAUUGGAGAAGAGAUUGACCAAAGUGAAGUCAGUGCUUAUCAAAGGAAAACACUAGAUGCAAGAUUCAAGGGCGCAGUUGUCAACUACGAUUCUCAAGUCUUAGUAUUGAAUGAACCAAUCGUUAUUGCUUUAUCAACUUGGAGCUUUCCAAAAGAUUCUUAUUUAUUAAAAAUAUUCGAUGAGACGAUGAGUGCGCUUAGAGAGAAUGAACUUCAAAAUAGUAAAAUGUAUUUUCAAACGCCUCAUUCCAAUACAUUUCAGGUGGUCACAGAAGGCAAACUUUGA